CAGUAUGAUAUAAUUACUCUCCUAAUUCCAUGCGUGUAAGAAAGACAACCCCUACUUUCGCUUUCGCCGAGUGUUCGGAAUUCUCGGGUUUUAACCCAACUUUGAAAUAAGUGUUUUCCUUACAUUCGGACUACUCUAGACUCUCCUUCGUCGUUUAGAAUUCCAGUAAAAUGUCGCAGCUAAAGGUAUUGACUCUCAACUGCUGGGGUGUACCUGCCCCUGUAGCAUGCCAGCUUCGCAUGGAAAGGAUGACCGCUAUAGGUGACCGCCUGAAACGAGGAGAUUACGACGUAGUCAUUCUACAAGAGGUGUGGGACAAAGGUGACUUCAAAAUAUUGCUGGAUAGAGUGUCGGCAGUAUUUGUCUACAACCACUACUUCUACAGCGGAGCAAUUGGAAGUGGCGUGUGCGUGUUCUCCAAGUUUCCAAUCCAGGAGACAUUUUAUUAUCGUUUCUCACUCAAUGGCUAUGCCCAUAAGGUUUUCCAUGGUGACUGGUUUGGGGGCAAAGGUGUGGGCAUGUGUGUUCUACAGUUCGGGGACUUCAAGCUCGGCCUCUUUUGUACACAUCUCCAUGCAGAGUACAAUGGAGUUGAUGAUGAGUAUUUGGCUCAUAGAGUCUCUCAAGCGUUUGAAAUGAGCCAGCUGAUCAAACUAACAGCAACCAAGCAUCUUUGUGACCUUGUCAUCACUGCAGGAGACUUCAACCUCCAACCCACAGACUUAGGUUAUAAACUUCUCAGAGAAAAUGCACAGCUACGCGAUGCUUGGUUAGAACUGAACGAUGAAACAGAAUCUGGUAAAACUUGUGAUAUUCCCAGUAACUAUUUCACAACUAAAUCCCAAUUACAAAUCUGUCCCCAAGGCAAGAGGCUGGACUACAUCCUUUUCAGGAACAAUGAAGGUACAAGCGUGGAGGUAGUGAACUGUCAGGUGACAAUGGGUAAGAUACCUGGCCACCCGUACAACUACUCCGACCACGAAGGGGUCGGCGCCACACUCGCUAUCUCCAAAAGUAACAAUGCACCUUAUUAUGAUAGAGACCCCUCCCGCUUAAACCCAUUACUGUUGGACGCCAAGAGCCUUGUAGAGAAGGGGAUAAAGAAAGUGUCGUCUAACAGCCAAUUCUACACAAUCCUGGCCGUCAUGUCUGUGUGUCUCCUAUACAUGGUGUCCUCUGUCGACAUCCCGCCCUGGCUCGGUCUGAUCCGGGGCAUGCUUCUUGUGGCCCUUACACUGUUGUUUGGAUUCUGUAUAUGGAACAAGGCCAUCCUCAGUCGUAUAGAAAGUCACGGACUUAUGGCCACGCAGCUGGACCUCAGCAACCUUCUCACCUCUGAAAAGAGCUAAAUGUCUGACAGAGAACUUUUGCUAAAAUCCUUAUUUAUGAUUCUUCAAACACAAACAUUAAUUUUAAUUUUCAUCACAUACUUUGUCAAAGGAUACACUAACUUUCCUUUUGUAAAUUAAACCGAUAAGAGUUUUGAGAAAUAACUGAAAAUGUUACAUAUGUUGCUUUAACAUAUUUCUUUGUAUUGUUACUUGAUUGCAUAUAUAAGCAGUAUUAUUUUAAGUAUAUGGUGAAUAAAUCGAAUGAAUGGCCAUGACCUAUAUACUGGUCAAAAUGAACAAAAUUAUACAUGUUUGUAUAAAGUUCAGACUGUACCUAUUUUCUCCAAACUAUCCAUACAUAAGGUAUUCCAUACAUAAGGUAUUCCAAAGGAACCAGAAUAUGUCCUGUCCACUUGAAUCUUGUCAGAAUAGAUUAUAGUUUCAUAAAUAUCUCUGUUUAUGUUGAAAAUUGUGUGUCAGGAUUUUAACCGAUGAUCUGAAGAUAUCUGAAUGAUAAAAGCACUUGUCCACUUUCAGAUGUUUGAAAUAACAAUUUGAAAUUUAUUUAUACCUAUAACCCUUUGAAUUGUUCGCCCCUACAUUUUCAAAGUGCACUUACACAAACUUUGAUUUGGUAAAGUUCAAAUGUGGCUUUAGGGGUGAAUGGGUUAAGUAGCAGUGCUUAAAUAGAAAAAUAGGGUACAGUCUGGUUACACUUGAGAACAAAUUUUCAUAUUAAUGAUUGUAUUUUGUAAAAUUUUCCUAGAAAAAUAUUUUGUACAUUUGUAAUUUGCAUAGCAGACAUUAUUUUAGAUAUGGGACCAGCUGCAGGUAGUGAUUUGAAUUUAAAGUCUAUUUUAUUAUCAGAGUUUGACAUAAUCAUCAAUAUUUCAUGUGCAUUAAAUGUUGGGUGUGAUUUCAUGGAUUACUGAACAUAACAGUAAUCAAUUAUUCUCUUACCUCUAUUGGGUAUAUGUGGAGAUAUGUAACCUUGACCGUUUUUACAAUUAAAUUCAUAAACUUUUAUUUAUUUUAUAACAAUCAUGAUCAUGAGACAAGUCAUUACAAUUUAUAUUAAUCACUAUUGUUUGCUUGGAUGUUAGCGCACAGGGGUCUUAAUGUCGGAGGAAACCGAAGUGACUUGGGAAAACCCACGUGGUCAGCUGGCAGGUGACCCACACUCCGAUCAGACGUUUUUACAAUUCAUGUUAUCUGUGAUUUUGAAGUUUGAUUGACCACUAAUAUUUAGAAAAAAAAAUCAUUCAAACACAAGACUUGCUUGGAAUUUGUCAUUUAAAGCAACAAUAAAUUUACAGUAAGAAACACAUCAAUGAUUAUAUGAAUGACAGACGAUGCAUAUCUCUCCUCCCUGAAAUUUUCGAGUUUUGGAAUAUCUUACUGUCCCCCUGAAAUUUUAGUUGGAACCCAUGCACAGUUCGCUUUUGAGGCGUGCUAUUCAUGGGAGAGAUGAUGAUUUCCAGUGUACAUUUUGUAUGUGGAUAUAAAGUGUUAAUAUUGCUGUAACUGUCAGUAAUGGCAGAGUUGUGGUCUAAGGAAGAAUUAAUACCUAGGAAUCUAACACAAUAAAUUAAAGAGCUAGGGACCGCAAGUUCAAAUAUGGGUUGAAAUGCAUCUUUUUAAUAUUUAUGAUGGUGUGCAACACAGUUCCAUUCAAAUACAUUCCAUGAUGUGCUGUAUACCCUAUAUGUUUUAUAGUGCAAACACUGUGUGCUACUAGUCUGGUCAUCUGUUGCGUCCAUUACAUGGAAUGCGUAAGGUGCUGUAACGUCACCUGGAGUCGUAAACCACAAAGACUUUCCAGUCUUCUUUACAUUUGAAUAGAAUACAAUUGUAGCUGUGUGGGAGGAUAAGCUUUGACAUAAUUCAGAUUGCUGUCAUCUAUCAAAUUGCCACUAUGUCACAGCUUGGCAGGACAAUCCUGUCCAGAUUGUUUUUUAGCCCACCAUCAUCUAAUGGUGGGCUAUAAAAAUCACCCUGCGUCCGUGGUCAGUCUUCCGUCCGUCGU